AGGCCGGUGUGUGUGGAAGGUGUUUGAGAGAUGGCGGAACCCGGGAGACGGAGCCCGAGGUCCCGCGGUGGCGGCGGAGGCGCUCGAAGAGCCCGGGUCGCCCGUGGCCGGUGUCCUCGCGCCCCGCAGGCUCCGUCUCUGCUCAUUUCAGACACAGUGCUUGUGGACUUGGUCAGUGACAGCGACGAGGAGAUCCUGGGAGUCGUCACGGACCCUGUGGAAAUGCCGGCCGCCCGGUCCCCGGCGCCGGCCGCUCCUGGCCAGGAUAGCGACAGUAACAGUGAAGGGGAGAACGAGGGGCCUGCAGGAGCCCCUCGUCCCUUGGUCCGGCGGCGGCGGCGGCGGCUGCUGGAUCCGGGCGAAGCGCCGGUGGUUCCUGUGUACUCCGGGAAGGUACAAAGCAGCCUCAACCUCAUCCCAGAUAAUUCAUCCCUCUUGAAAUUUUGUCUCUCAGAGCCUGAGGAUGAGGCAGAUGUGACAGAAUCUGGCAAUCCUCCCCCUGAUGCCCUACUUCCGGGUUCUCCUUGGAAGAAGAAGCUGAGGAGUAACCAUGAGAAAGAAGAGACAAUGGAGGCGCUUCCGGACCAAGAUGUCUCUCCUUUGCCCUGGCCUUCACCAAGGAACAAAAGCAGAAAGCAUUCGGAGGCACUCAAGAAGUUGAGGGAAGUGAAUAAGCGCCUCCAAGAUCUGCGGUCCUGCCUAAGCCCCAACCAGCACCAGAGUCCGGCCCGUCAGAGCCUAGAUGAUGAGGUGGUCCUAGUGGAGGAACCUGCCUUGCCACAGAGCCCGCGACCCUUCACCCUCAAGAUCCGGUGCCGAGCUGACCUAGUCAGAUUGCCUGUCAUGACGUCGGAGCCCCUUCAGAAUGUGGUGGAUUACAUGGCAAAUCAUCUUGGGGUGUCUCCGAGCAGAAUUCUUUUACUUUUUGGAGAGACAGAAUUGUCCCCUACUGCCACCCCUAGGGCCCUAAAACUGGGAGUGGCUGACAUCAUUGAUUGUGUGGUGCUGGCCAGUUCUUCAGAGGCCACAGAGACAUCCCAGCAGCUCCAGCUCCGGGUGCAGGGGAAGGAAAAACACCAGAUGAUGGAGAUCUCCCUGUCUCCUGAUUCUCCUCUUAAGGUCCUCAUGUCACACUACGAGGAGACCAUGGGACUCUCCGGACACAAGCUCUCCUUCUUCUUUGAUGGAACAAAGCUUUCGGGCAAGGAGCUGCCAGCUGAUCUGGGCAUGGAAUCUGGGGAUCUCAUUGAAGUUUGGGGCUGAAGCUUCCUCCUCCUGUUUGGAUGUAGAGCCAAGACUUGGGGACAACAGCUCCCACUUUUAUUAUUACUUUUUGCCCCACAAGGGCUAACAGAAAUUGAAUUAGAACUCAUUUAUUUAUUUAUUUCCAGCACUGGGGAUUGAACCCUGGACUGUGCACAUGCUAAGGAUGUUUCUGUGAAGUUGAGGUAAAACCAGGGCAUGACCUUUGACCUGUCUCUUGUUACCAUAGUCUCAAGCAGUUGGCUGAUUGUUAUUUGUGUGACUGUGUCUGCCCCAGCUGCCUGUGCUGUGUGUAUGUUUGUGCUAUAUCUGGCAGUCCCUGGGGUACAAAAAAGGGGUCUUGGCUUUCCUACCAUUUCACGUUCAUUAGUGCACUUCAUCAAACGUCUGUGCUGUGAAACUUGGCAAAUAUUGGGUUUGUUGAGCUGAAUGGGCAUUGCAUUUGGGUGCCCAGCUUGGGAUUUAGGCCACAUUGGGGACCAACAGUGAUUUUAGUUUUUAUUUGGGAGCUGAGAAUACAUGUACAUCCCCUGGUGGGGAUCCUUGGUUGCAGGAAAAUAAGCAGGUGAUGGGCAGCAUAGAUGCUGAAGCUGAGAACUAGGCAGAUGAGUGUAAUUUUUAAAGGUUAACAAUAGUGGUGUCUUCAGCCCUGGGCAUCCAGUCUUCCAGGAUUAGCCAAUGUCUGCUACACACUUCCUGGCCUGUACAUCUAGCCACAUCUGAGCACAUGCUGCUGUUGAGUGCGAGGUCUUCUCUAGUUUUCGAUCCUCCCACCCACUUAGUAUAUUUAUGUCUUUGAAUGUGAAUGUCUUUAUAAGAUAAAUUUCUAAAUGAGUGCGAUUUUAGUAUAUAUACACGGUAUUGUGCAAUAGACAUUCUGUCUUCACUCGGUAUGAGUGACAGUUUAGCCUUGUUAGCGCUUUCUAGAUCUGUUGUUGCUCUGAUCUGCUGUGGGUGCCCCUUAGGGGCGUUAGAUGAUUUUACUCACACAUUGCCUUAAGUGGGAGGAUGCCUGAGUCUCCAGCCUUGGUACCAUAUUCCAGGCUACAGCAAACAUCUUAUGUGUUUACUUCUGGGCCAGGAUGGGACUGUGGGUUCAUUUUUCUGGUUUUUCUAACGUUUUCUUCAGAAUGCGGACUGGCCUUUCUUGGAGCUUCUCUUUCCUUAUCUUUAACCAGUAUUUGGUGUUGCCGUACUUUCUGAUUUUGCCAGUUCAUUGUGUAUAAAGCACCGCAUACUUUAACAUCCUUUAUCUGAUCACCAUUUCUUAUCCACGUCCACCUUCUGGUUAUCUUUGUUAACUGCUUGUUUUCUUGUGAGGCUUGCUUUUGUGUGUGUUUCUUGUGAGUUGCUUGUGUUCUGGGCAAUUGCAAAUAGCCUUCAGAAUAGCACCUUGUGUAUUCAGGGGAUUUUCACCAAGCAGACAUUCUUAAUUUUAAUGUAGACAGUUGGCUUUGGUCGAAGGUCUGUUGCCUUUUUUUCUUCUUCUUCUUCGAGAAAAUGAGGAAGAACUUCCAUAGUGGGAGGCUCUAGCGGGAGUCUCAGGAUUGAUACUUUUGGAUUUCUAAACUAGUUAAGAAACUUCCGUUUUCUUCUGUUAGCUUGCUAGUUUUUUGUUCUUUUAUCUCUCUCAUAUUGAGAUCACUAAAUGAGAAUGGAGUUCUAGCUGGUCUACCAUGGUAUGGUGUGGGUGCUGCUGUUCUGAGCUCUCAGCUCUGGUUCUCCCUGGUUGCAGCUAGGCUGUACUGGAUCGUGACUAUUGUACAUCACUUCUGAACCAUCUGAAAUGCACCUUGUUUGGGAGAGCAAGUUUAUUUUGUAUUUUAUUAUAAUGAGCCAGUUUUCUAAGCUUUGUCUACUAAAAAAAAUUAAUCUACUAAUAUAUAGUCCGACUUUCACAAAAAUAUGUCAACUUCUUAAAUUUUUUUGUAAGAAUGUUAUUCCUUUGAAUUUUUAACAUUAAAAUACUCUAUGAAAUGGCAUAGCUUCCAGGUUUCUCAGCUCUCGUGUGAGGAUUAAUGAAUCUGGACACAUUGCUGUUAUGUAUUCAGUCUCAGCUAAUAAAGGGAGAUGCCUGUAACUUAGCAACA